AAAGUGCAGUUUUGUUAGGGGCAGCCAAUGCAAAUUAACCUUUGUCUAUACUCGAGACUAUAAAAUUUUUAGCCCCAUCAUCGUGUUUUGAAACGCCAAGUAGCAGCGUAAUUGCCAAAAACCAGCCAGCCAACAAACGUUUCGUUGGUAUAUGUAUACUAUAUUCAUAUAAUCAAUGUGUGAAAGAAAACGAAACGAGAAAAAGAGCAUUCAAUGAAGUUGACUGCCAUGACUACGCAAUAGCAACAACAAGAGUGGCACCCACACAGACACAGGAAGAUUUUGCUAGCAUACAUACAAUAUUUUAUUGCUGGUUUUGGUGGUAAAUUUGCAUUGUUAACGGCCGCGGCCAGACGUGCCCCGCUUCUUUAACACACACGUCUCUCAAACGAAUACCGAUCAUCAAGUGUUUCCCCUAUUGACUCUCGUAAAUAGCCACAUGUAAAAAUCUAAAUAAAAAUCAACAAAUAGCGAUAUUGAUACCGAAAGCAACUAAAGCGAAAGUGUAAUACCGUGUGUACCACAUAAGACUGCCAUCUGCCCUUUGCGUUGCCGUGCCGUUGACACUUUUGUAUCUGGCUGUAUCCGUAUCUGUAUCUCAAUCUCACUGACCAACUACCGCAAGCGCAAAUGCAAUCUGCAAACUGCACACACCUGAACCUCAGCUCAGCUCAGCUCAACUUUUAAACGUUUAAUCCUCGAACUGCCUAAAAAACCAACCAACCAACCAACCUAUCAGCCAACCUGAACCAAUCAACAAACCAACCUAUCAACGGUCUACCGCAACUGGCAAACCGAACGGCUUUAGUUUCUGUGUGAUUAAAAAGAAAAGCCCAAAGAAAGCUCUCGCCCAGUCGAAAGUCGAAUAGCAAAAUCAACAGCAGCAGAAGCAGCAGCAACAACAACAGCAGCAGCAACGCAACUGCAACUGCAACAUGCUCAACUCGAAUGCCAACAGCGGCAACUUGGGCAAUGGCAACGGCAACAACAACAACAACCAUGGGGGCAGCAGCCGGCGUCCCUUUUCCCGCAAUUCUUCGUCGGUCCGCUCGCAUCGCGGCGGUGGGGGCGGAGUGAGCGGUCGCAUGGUCUACUCGCCACACCCACAUCCGCACUCCCACGCCCAACAGCAGCAGCAACAACAGCAACAGGGCCAACAGCAGCGGUCCAGCAACAACAACAGCCUUUUACCUGGUCACAGCCCUUGGUGCAACGUUAAUUUGAACGGCGGCAACAGCAAUAACAACGGUGGCAACAACAACAACAGCAACAACAACAAUGUCAAUAACAAAGAUGCAAACCCGAAUUGCGAUGUACAAACAAGUAAUUCUAGCGGAACUUGUAUUUAUAACAAUAGCAAAGCGCAUCAUCAUCACAACAACAGCAACAACAAUGGUCACACUCAGAGCCACAGUCACACUAAUCACCCCCAUUCCCCACACCAAAGCCAACCCCACCACCCCCAAAUGCACACCCAUCACCACCACCCGCAUUCGAGUCCACCACAGCAGUACAGUAACAGCUAUCGCCAGUACCCACUGCAUUCCCCAAACUCCCCUAACUCCACACACAGCAAUGGUCAUUCUAAUAGCAACACUAGAAACCCGAGUAGUAGUAAUCCCCAUGCCAAUCAGAACCAGCAUUCCUAUCCCAGUUACUACGAGAUGUGUCCGGGAAGCAGUGGAACACAGACCCACACCUACGGAUCCAUGUCCGUUUCCCUGGUGAGACUGAAUUCCGCCCGCUUGUGCCUAACGCUAAGUCCUGCCACGCCCCCCUCCCAGCGAGUAGUGUCCUUCAGAUCCCCCAGAUCCAACUCCAAUUCCAGCGCCAACUCCAGUUCCAGUGAUCAGAAUCAUUACAACCCACCGGCACGUAGUCAGAAUCAGAAUCAGAACCCGAACCAUCAUCCCAACCCACAUCAGUACCAGUACCAGUACCAUCCGCAACACCAGUACCAUCCAUUGCAUAACCCACACCCACAGCAACAGACUAAUCGCCAAUCCCUCCCGCUAACACGAACGAAUUCAAAUUCAACCAACGCAACAACUUUCAAUUCAACCAAUCCAACAACAAAUAGUAAUCCUACUGAUGUUGUGAAUGUAAAUUCUUGUACCGAUAUAAUUCCUCAUGGGUCUUCGUCUUCGUCUGCGUCGUCGAUGCUGCCCCAACAACCACAACAACAACAUCAAAUUAAUAACGCAUCCGCACCCAUCAAUAGCCACAGCCAGGGACAGGGAUCCGGGAACUCGCCCAAUCUUGGCCACAACCACAACCAGCGUGGCUACAACAACAACAACAACAAUAACCGGGGACUCGGGAACGGAAUCGGUAAUGGUAAUGCCAACGGACCACCCGACUACAUGAACUACCGGCGAGGCUUGUGUCCGACUCUUUCGCGGGACUACUCCAAUGGCAAUGGACACGGCCACAACGGACGACGCUACAUGUCCGACCAUCUGAACAACGCCUCCUCAUCCAUGAACGGCCUCAUCAAUUCCGGACACCACCAGCGCAACUACAACGAUAGGAACUUGAAUAAUCACUUUGGAAACUCUGAUCAGGGUGGACCAGAUCAUCGGGAUCGAGCUGAGGGUUCUUCGUACAACUUUAUGCGCAAUGGAGGCGGCAGCGGAGGAGGCUACGGACGCAAUGGAUCGCACUACCAGCACAUGGCCUAUGGAAACAACAACGGUGCCUCCACAUCCUCGGGUGGACCAGGGCUGAUGGGAGAACUGCCCUCGGGAUCGGGCUUGUCGGGAUCCUCGCUGUCGCUGAACAACGGACCCGGAGGCCUCAACUCAGACAGUCCGUCGCGCAAGCGUCGCCGCAUCUCCGGCAGACCCCAGAACGGUCCGCAGACCCAGCAGCGCUGUCUUAUGGCUCAUAUGCAGCAGGGAAGUCCGCCGCUUCGACGACCGCGGUUGCGCGACGUAGCCACUUCCACGCAGCAGCAACAGCAGUACGGCCCACAGGUGCACCACCCCCAGCAGCAACAGCAGCAGCCGCCUUCAAAUUACCACCCGAUGCACCACCACCAGCCCCAGCCCCAGCCCCACUACGUUUCCCAGCAACAGCAGCAGCAGGUGCCGCCGCCCCACGUUCAGCGUUCUCCCUGGGAUUUGGGUGGCAGUGGAGGAAGCGCCGGCGGAGCAACAGCCAGCAGCUCGGUGGGUCCCAUUCUGCAGCAGGUGCAGGCGCCGCCGCAGCCACCGAGUCACCAGCAGACGGUGGGCUAUCCACCGGCCCCGCCGCAGCCGACCUCCCUCAUGGUGGACCUCAAUCUAAACCAGGUGCCCGUGAGCCUCCAGCUGCGUCCCUCGGAGCCGUUCUGGGCCUCCUUCUGCACGUACCCGAUACCGGCACAGGCUAGACUGGCGCCCUGCCACCUGCAUGGCGUUUACACGCAGCCCUUCGCCCCCGCCCCGCCUCCUCCACCUCUGCAGGUGGCUUCGGUGCCGUCGCAGGCGCAGAUGGCCGCCGCAGCAGCGGCUGCCCAGCAGAUGAUAGCCCAGGCCACGUUGACGGCCCAGCAGCAGCAGCGGGAUGUGGUGGCCAUAGCGACGGCCAAUCUGGGGCCCAUCGAAGCGCCGGGAGCCCAUCAUCUGGAUGGGCAUCAUGGACCUGGGGGACCCGGGGCCCAUGGCCAUCCGCACGCCCAUCCCCAUGCCCAUCCGCAUGCCCAUCAAUUGCCGCCGGGCAUCCACAUCACCCCGCUGAGCGGAGCAGCGGCCGCGGCCGCCACCCACCACCUACAUUCCACGGCGGCAGCUGCAGCGGCGGUCGCCGCCCAGGCCAGUGCCCAGAUGUCCGCCGGGCCGCAGCAGAUCAUCAUCUCGUCGGACCGCCGCACAUUCCCGCCCCACCGCCGCAUCCCGCGCUUCUGGCCGGCGAAUCACGGCCAUCGGCACGUCCUGCCGCCCCAGUCGCUUGCCGCCCACCAAGCUCCGGUGCAGAUCCAGGCCACCUCGGGCAUCAUCAACCCGGGCUUCUUGCUCAACUUCCUGGCCAUGUUCCCGCUAUCGCCGUACAACCAACACGACCUGAGCUCCGGCGACACCAAUGAGACGGAGAACUACGAGGCGCUGCUCAGCCUGGCCGAGCGAUUGGGCGAAGCGAAGCCCAGGGGACUCACCCGCAACGAGAUCGAUCAGUUGCCCAGCUACAAGUUCAACCCGGAGGUGCAUAACGGCGAUCAAUCAUCCUGUGUGGUGUGCAUGUGCGACUUCGAGCUGCGCCAGCUGCUGCGCGUCCUGCCCUGCUCCCACGAAUUCCACGCCAAGUGCGUGGACAAAUGGCUGAGGUCAAAUCGCACCUGCCCCAUUUGCCGAGGCAACGCCUCCGACUACUUCGAUGGCGCCGAUCAGCAGCAACAGGCGCAGGCGACCGCAGGAGCAGCAGCCGCCUUGAGCAGCACUUCAGGUGGAACGGCCGGAGUGGCGGGAACAUCCGCAACUGCGGCAACCACCGCCAAUCCCCAACAGAGCCAAGCGGCUUAAACCAGUCGUAAUCGUAUUACACACACCUCCAGCUUUGGCUUUUCCGGACGAUGAGUGGACGAGGUGGUGGAGUUCUUUGGGGUGGAGGAAUGAUUGGUCUGUGGCGGGGGAGCCAAUUGCCCACCCGCCAUCACUUGAUGUUACGCGCAACGAAUCCAACUGCCAAACCGUCGACGCUUCCUCCUCAGCUGUAAGCCCCCGCCCACCUGGCCUAAAACAACCACCCGCUCCGCCCCUCGGCCACGCCCUCGCGAAACUCGCCGCCUCUUCAAUAGCUUGUCGUAGACAUUAGUUUGUAUGUGAGUAAUGGUAACCGUAAUUAGGAGUAACCCAUAUAAGCAAACCACCAAGAUUUCAAGUAUAGUUAAACAGCGUAUAUAUAUAUAUAUAUUUGUGUGUAUAGAGAAGGUAAAGCCGUAAAACAAGUGUCUGUAUAUAAGCCAAGAUUUGCACAAAAUUCAUUAUAGAUUUUCUUUGCCCUUUCACACUCGAGGAUAUCCUUAAAUCCAUUAAAACAACUAUAUACGAACAAACGAAUAUGUAUUCAAAUGCGUGGUAGCUGGCUCUCAGAGUGCUUGAAUAGGUUCAGGAUUACUAAGUCCAAAAAAUAAACAGGAGGUUAGACUUUGAGUGCCCGUUGCCAACUAGAAAUUGUGUAUCAUGAAUUGUUGCUGUCCACACGCAUACCUAUGAAUAACUUUAUAUUAUAUAAAGAAUACAUAUUUAAGCAAAGCGGAAUAUUCGUAAUUUGGAUUUGUGUUUUCUGCUUUUCAGUUAGGCUUGCAUAUUCGCUGCUUCCUCUUUGUAUUUUAUAUUUACUACCAUUACUUUUAGUUUUUUUAACAACUAAAUAUAUUUAUCCUUAUACGACAUACAUACAAACAAACCAGCAUAAAUAUAGUGCAUUGCAUUUUAUACUAAUUGUACGAACUGAACCCACUGAAGAAGUUCUUCUUCUUGCACUAGCAAAAAAAAACAUAAAAACAAAGAUAAAGAUAAAGAUCGUAUAUAUAUUUUUUUCGUUUCUACUGUUUGAAAAUUAGUAACUAUAAACGGAAGCAACUAACCUUGAAACAUAUAAGCAAUCUUUGAAAUCGACUAAACCAGAUGAGCGGAGGACGAUAAGCGUUUCAGCAAAUAUACUAUAUAUAGAUGCAUAUAUACACACACCCACACUCACUAACAGGAGGGAAACCAACCAUAUAAGAAUUUAGCAUACAGGCAUAGAAACAUAUGUAUAUUGGUGGGCUUAUUAAUGUAUUUGUAGUAGAUGUGUGCGUAAUUAAACAUAAUGCAAUCGCUAUGAGAACACAAAUAUCGUAAUAUCGUAACCAGACUUUUCCAGGGCAAGCGUGCGUCGGUGGUGACCUCAACCACCCACCGACCAGUCCAUCCACUUCCGUAGUAUUUUUGCCUUUUGAACUGUAACGUCUGUAGCUCUAAACACAAGCAUUAACUUACAUACACACCUUAACCUCCUUCAAUGUGACUUGUCUAUUAAAAUUGCAUCAGAUGCGAGCAUUACGAGUAUCAUAUAUACACACACCCAGAUAUAUAGAGAGUUUCCUUCUGAUAUAUGCGAUUCAAGCGAACUACGUGCACUAGCCUUUAAAGCCGGAGAACGACAGCAAACAAUUUUUACCAAUAUACAUGUACAAGUACGAGUACCAUACAAUAAUUAUCUAUAUCUAUCUAUCGAUCGAUCGGUAUAAACAUAACCAAUUAACGUGGAACUAAACCAAACGAGAAAUGAGAAGAACAAGUAAAUUGAAAUGAUUCCUGCCCUCCAUUCGUAUUAAAAACCAUUGAAACUAACUCAACAACUUUUUAUAGCAUAUAUAUACUAUGGAUAGCAUUGAUUUUUUGUGAGAAUGGAUAUACAUAACAUUAGUUUAGCCUCUUCGGGAAGGCCAUAAGCCGUAUCUCAUGGGUCAUCCGUUGCUUAUAGCAAGAGUUUUGCAGCACUUCCCCAACCCAGACUCCCUGUGCCCCAAACCCCACGUUCUCAAAUCCUUAAUAAAGCUAUGCAUUACUAAAAUCUUGAUACCUAGUAUGUGUAAAACGUGUGUGUAUUCAUUUUACCCGGUAAUCUUAGAGUUCAAGCAUAUACUGUAUUCGUAUUGUUGGGCGAAGGAAGUUAAGAUAUUCUUUAAGUCCAAUUAAUAAAACCAUGUCCGAUAGAAAAUAAGUUUGAUAUGUAGUCUUUGAAAGCCCUUUUAAAUAAAAUCCAAUUAAAGUUUCAAUGAAAAUCUAUUUGCAUCAGUAAAUCUGAAAACACUCUCUACAGUUUAGAUAAUUGAUAAACAUUAUUUAGCUCCAAUGAAAUAUUCCAAAUCUGACCAUUUUGUAGAAAGCUUUGGAUUUUUUUUUGGAUCACGACUGUGAGUACCGGGUAUCACUUAGUCGGAACACUCGACUAUAAAGUUCUUUCUUGUUUUUAAUCUAUAUGAAUGGUAUUUCCAAAAGACCAUUGUAAAGGUGUUGUGCUUUUCUAGAAUUUUAUUAGUAGGAACAUCAACUGAAUGAUAAACGAAAACCCAAAUAAAGUUUAUUUUUUGUCACAAUAACAGAACGUUAUGAUAAAAGCAAAUAAAUAUAUAUAGAAUAUAUUAUAUACAUGAAUUGAAUACCUUUUAUACGUGCACUGACAUAAUUACUUACGAGUAUAUGUAAAAAAUUCAAUCAACCAAGCUAAGCAGAAAAAAAACUUUAAUCAAUUUAUUCUUUUAAUCCGGUUUCGAUAAUUUAACGCUAUUCGGUUUGUUCUAUACCUCUCCGUCUAUCCUGAACUAACAGCACUAAUACUAGGUGUUUCCAUCGAAUAGUUUUUCUUCUACCUGUCUUCUGGUUUAUUAUUUUCGAAACAAUUUUAACAAAAUCAAAAGCUUA